GUAGCCUACUCAGUGGCUCAACCUGAGAACCUCUAACGUGUUGACGACAAUGUUUUUAGAAACUAUUAAGCCAGGCUUGCGACGUAUUCCGUUUUAUUUGAGGUUUAUCAAUUAUCAACGCAAUGCGUUGGUGACUUCUGGAUCAGGCAAAUUGGUGCAGUGUUCCAACUUAACGUUGUUUUCUCCUUAUUUCAGUCAUGUGAAAUAUGUUCACAAUAAAAAGGUACCAUGGGCACCUAAAUGGCAGCCAGUUAUGAAGACUCAGCCCUCCUCGGCAAUGGAAGUACGUGGUGAAGUAGUGGACAAAUUGGAGAGACUUGCUCUGGUGGACUUCGGUAAUCAGGAGGGCAUAGAUUGUUUGGAGAAAGCCAUACAUUUUGCUGAUCAGCUUCACAUUGUGAAUUCAGUGGCUGUGGAACCAUUGGACUCUGUAUUACAUGACAAUAAGUAUGUGUGGUUUCUCAACAGAUCUAUGCACCUGCGGAAUGACAUUAUUACUGAGGGAAAACGUGCAGAGGAGCUGCUCCAGCUUUCUAGACGUGUAAUUGAUGAGUACUUUGUAGCUCCACCAGGUAACAUCCCACUUGAAAGGAAAUGAAGAAAGCAGCAGAACUGAAACAUUCUAAAUGAAUGGCUAAACUGUUUUGCUUAUAUCAGGGUGUCAGUCCUGGGAACACAAACUGACAGAAAUGUGCCAUUGUACUCUGCGUCAUAACCUAGCUUCAUCAUGACAUUCAAGGUGCCCAUGCGUUUGCUAUGAAGUGGUGAUAUAGACAUAUAGAUUCUAAUUCCUAUUCCUAAAUGUUCCUUUAGUAUAUAUCAAGAUGUAAAUCACAGAUGAAAUGCAUAUAAACUGAACUUAAAAGUAUAAACUGACAAUCAAUAUUGUGAUGUAAUGAUUAUAAAUAUGUGCAGUUUAUUUUAUAUAGCUACACAGUUCAUCAGUUGACCAUGCAUAUGUGUGACAACUUGUAGAAAUAUUUGUUAGGAUUUUGGUGUUGCAAAUCAUGAACUAACUACUUAAAGGAAAAUUAUUCAACCCCUUAAAGAGGAGAACAUGCAGUAUUGAGCAAAAGUGUUAUAUAACCAUUAGAUUUGUUGUUUUAGCAAUGUUAUAAUGACUAUACAAACUCUGUAAUUCACUUCCCUAUCACAUCAGGUAUUGUGAAAUCAUUGUACAACAAUACUCUGUUACGUUUUAUUAUUUGUAUUUGUUUGCAACCUUGAGUGUCAUGAAUAAAUAAAAUAUAUUAUUCCAGCCAUU